AUGAUACUUAAAAUUAAAAAAGAAAAACCUAGGUAAGGCCGUACCCGCUCUUUUACUUCCUCACUCUCGGGGAGACUAUCCUUUCUUCACGCCGGUUCCCUCCCUUACGCACCUCCUUGCCACCGCCGCCGUUGGUAUAGUCUCUCUUCCCGCUUUGUCCCUCUUCUACCAGUUUUUUACUGCUAUACAUUUGGCACUCCCGUCAUCCCUUGUCCGGUUCAAAGUUCACCUGUGCACGAGGGCAAUACUGUAUCAUCUCCGUCAACUGGAAAUGUUUUGACGAGAAGAAAUGAAAAGAGGAGCUUAAUAUCUAGGAUAAGCUUGUGUUGAUUAGAAGCUUCAUUUCCGAGCAAGCUAUAAUGGAAAUUGAUGAUCAAAACCCUGCAUCAACUGCUGCGGAAUCUCCUGAAACCCUUCCUGGUGGUGAAAAUGAGGAACUUGAUAAUCCAGCCGAACCAACUCAACCUGCAGCUACAUCAGUUAUUCCACCUUCAAUUGUCCCUGCCAUUGCUCCUAUCCCCCCUCCAAUUAUCCGUCCAUUGGCUCCUCUUCCGAGCCGACCUCCCCUCUUUAGGCCCCCUGUAACACAAAAUGGUGAGCUGAGAACAAGUGACUCAGACUCGGAACAUGAUGAAUUGGCUCCUUCCCGAACAGCUCCAGGUUCAACUGCAGAGUAUGAAAUCUCAGAAGAGAGCAGGCAAGCUAGGGAGCGUCAUGAAAAAGCCAUGCAGGAAUUUUUGAUGAAGCGUCGUGCUUCUGCUCUAGCAGUGCCUACUAAUGACAUGGCUGUUCGAGCUCGUCUUCGACGUCUUGGUGAGCCCAUAACUCUUUUUGGAGAAAGAGAAAUGGAAAGACGGGACAGGUUGCGGUCGAUAAUGGCACGAUUGGAUGCUGAAGGGCAGUUAGAGAAGCUCAUGAAAGUUCACGAGGAAGAGGAGGCUGCAGCUACUGGUGGAACUGAGGAGGCUGAGGAGGAAGUGCUUCAGUAUCCCUUUUAUACUGAGGGGUCCAAAGCUCUCUUGGAUGCAAGAAUUGAUAUUGCAAAGUAUUCCAUCCUAAGAGCAUCUUCACGCCUGGAGCGUGCAAAGAGGAAACGGGAUGACCCAGAUGAAGAUGUGGAAGCGGAAAUGGAUUGGGCUCUGAGACAGGCUGAAAGUUUGGUCCUGGACUGUAGUGAGAUAGGAGAUGAUCGACCACUUUCUGGUUGUUCUUUCUCGUCUGAUGGAAAAUUUCUUGCCACUAGUUCAUUGAGUGGAGUUGCAAAAUUGUGGAGCAUGCCUCAAGUAAGGAAGGUUUCCAACUUUAAGGGACACACAGAGCGUGUUACUGAUGUAAUGUUUUCUCCAGUGAACGAGUGUUUAGCAACUGCCUCUGCUGACCGAACUGCAAGGUUGUGGUCUGCUGAAGGAUCUCUACUUAAAACAUUUGAGGGCCAUCUAGACCGCCUUGCACGAAUUGCCUUCCACCCGUCGGGCAAGUACUUGGGCACAACUAGCUUUGACAAGACCUGGAGAUUAUGGGAUGUUGAAACUGGUGUAGAAUUACUUCUUCAAGAAGGUCACAGUAGAAGUGUCUAUGGGAUAGCCUUCCACCAUGAUGGAUCCUUGGUAUCAUCUUGUGGACUUGAUGCGCUUGCUCGCGUUUGGGAUCUUCGAACUGGUAGAAGUGUUCUUGCCUUGGAAGGCCACGUCAAGCCAGUCCUUGGAGUUAGUUUUUCACCCAACGGUUAUCAUUUAGCUACUGGUGGAGAAGAUAACACUUGUCGAAUAUGGGAUUUAAGGAAGAAAAAAUCUCUUUACAUAAUACCUGCACAUUCAAACUUAGUUUCACAGGUGAAAUAUGAACCUCAGGAGGGAUAUUUCUUGGUUACUGCAUCAUUUGAUAUGACAGCAAAGAUUUGGUCUGCUCGAGAUUUUAAGCCUGUGAAGACACUCUCUGGUCACGAAGCAAAAGUUACAUCUUUGGAUAUAAUUUCAGACGGACAGUGUAUUGCAACCGUCUCACAUGAUCGGACCAUAAAGCUCUGGUCUGUUAAUAGUAAAGACAUUCAGACUAUGGACGUUGAUUGACUUUUCAUAGUAUCAACAUGGGAGAUGUUUCACGACCUUACUUGAACAGGGUUCUGUUCUAUAAAUUGUUCGUCUCGUCCUUGAGUACUAAAGAGACAUGAGAGAUGUUUCGAAACUUUGUGGCCUCAGGUGAUAAAGAGCUUGGAUCAGAUGAUCUCUGUAACAUCAUGUAUCUGAUUAAAAUUUUUUAGGGAAAACCCCUGUACUUUUUUUUUUUCCUAGAAGAGAAAUGGAAGGAUUAUAUCAAUGGAGGACAUAGAGAAAAAGGGAGAUCGGGAUAUUUCCCGCAUGUUGAGAUUAAAAAUGCACCAAAAUUAGAGGUAAGAAUUGAUAAGUAAAUUACAUGUAGUUUUCUUUAGAUUUCCUUUUGGUUAGAAAUGGUUUGUGCACCGACUACCAUAGUGAUUAUUCGGUUAAAAUACAAUUUCAGGUAAGCCUAAUUGGACCAA